AUGUAUUUCUUAAUUCAACUUUUGACAUGCUCAGAAAUAGACAGAGCACUGCUUCAGUUUGUUGGUCAGUCAUUUUUUCUUCUUCCUUUGUUAAAUGACAUCAGCUAGUUCUAACAAUGAAAAGGAAUUUUUGUAAUGUAACAGACCUGUUUACUCUUAGAAUUUUGGUGUACAAUGUACGAUUUUGAGGUAUAUGGAUUAUAUAUUCUGUAUGUUUAUUUUUUUACUAUUACGAUAAUAUAUUGAACGAUUUUAGGGAUGAUAUUGUACGAUUUUAAGAGUUUGAGGGUGAACAGGUCUGAUGUAAACAUACAUAAUGUUUAAGCCAGAUGUUUACUAUUAUUUUUAUUACACAAUAUUUCUAUUAUUUGAUUAUUACAACCCCAUCCACUAUAAUUUGUAUGGGGUGGUUGAGAAGGGAGUUACCACUCAAGGAAAUAAGGCAUUCUUUAAUUUCUGCAGACGAUCACUGUGGUGGGACUUACUUCCGGUCGGUUCAUAAUGGGGUUUACUUUGCUGUUACAGUCAUCAAACGACUGAAAAGGUGCGUCAUACAUUUUUGCUAUUAUAUUUUUCAAAGUGAAAACUUUAAGACUGCACCAUUUUUAUCUCACAGAGAAUGAAUUUCAGCAUUGGACUGUACUUUCUAUAAUGUUUAAAUAACCUUUGUUAUGAGAAGAUUAAAUUCCAUCAAUAUUUAUGCUAAUCCUAUUAUUUGAAGCCCAACUGUAACAAAAAGUUGUUAUCUGCUCUGUUUUCCACAUUUUCCCUUCCAGCCUCUUCUUGGCUUUGGAUAGAACAUUUCUUGAGCUUUUAGCCACUUCCCAGAGAAUUGAGUUGUUUUCCCCCAAGCUCCACAAGUUUUUUCUGAAGGCUGUAGAGAGCAGAAAUAAGGUAAUAUUCUUUGUUCAUUUGAAACAAUCAUAUUGUUAAAAUUAUUUUGACAUGCACCAUUGUUAAAGAAGAAGUGAGACAUAUUUUUUUUCUAGGUUUUGAAAACAGUCAUAGGUUGUUUGUUUGAAAGCAAUGAUCAGCUUGUUUAAAAAAUGUAUGGGUAUCGUUUUCAAGUGAAAAUGUAUAAAAUCAAGAAUUUAACAUUAUUUAAUAAACCCCUCUAUCCCAUUUUUAAUGAUAGUAGCUUCACAAGGGAAAUGUUCCCUUACAUCAAUUUAAUAGUGAUUAUUAGUAGCUUCACAAGAGGCAAUGUUCCCUUAUAUCAAUAUUAUGGUGACCUGAUGUCAGUGUUUUGGAUAAAAUCAACUAGCUAUAUAAGGGCCUGAUGUCAGUGUUACUAAAAUUAAACUAUUUCAAAGAAGGGUUCUUAAUUUCUUAACUAUGAUUACUUUUUCUUUGAAGGACCCUGUUCUGUCAUCCAACAUGGAGUAUAACACUUUUAACCCAGAAAAUGAUGGAGCCCAAAGUUUUCCUGAUGCCAAUCAUUUUCAUGUGUUCAAGUGUCAGAGGUUUGUUAAGUAGCUUUGACCUGGGGAAACAUCCUAGUCAAUAUGCUCUGCCAGUUGAAAGAUGCAAUUUUUAAAUGUUUAUUUGUGAUCAUAACAAGAAUUUUGAAUGAAAAAAAUAGCUGUAAUGUAUUUAAAAAGAUGAAAGCAUGGAGCAACAUAGCCAAGGAAUAAAUGGAUAACAACCCAGUUGGUUCAUUUCUUUAAUUAAAGCUGCUUCAGUCACAUUUCUUAGGGCAUAGACUUGUCUAAUUUGAUGUGAUUAAAUUUUGAGCUUCAUUGAACAUGGACAAAGAAAAAUAAAUUGGGAAGCAAUUCAAGUUAAUAUUAGAAGUACAUUUUGAAGAUGAGCAUUAAAUAAGUUAUUGCAUGGUUAAAAUUUGUUGAAGCGAUGAAGUUGUUUUAUUUGACGUCUUGAUUUGUUACUUUCCAGGGACAAUUUCUUUGCCUUCUAUCGACACUACCACGACACCAACAAUAUUUAUGAGUUCAAAAUAGAAAAUCAGAUCCAGUAUGUGUACGAUGGGUGUACGCCUGAGCAGAAUUCAAUGGUCAAUCUUGUACACUUGGCUCAAUUGUUUUUGGAUCACAUGAUUCUGGUAUUCUUAUUUUCAUCAUCUACCACAAAUUUGAAAUACUCAUGUAAUCUUGAAACUUAUUUCAAAUAUCAUUCAGGCUUUGUUAUUCUUAAAAAAUAUUUUUGUAUUAUAUACCUGUCUCAGUUGUGAAAUGAUAAAAAUUUCUUGUUCUAAUAACUUCCUUGACCUUUUUCUCAGUGCUGUGUUCAUCAAAGUGGUGAAAAGGUUGAUCUUUUCAAGCUGAUUCAAAGCAAGGACCAAGAUGAAAAGUUAUUUAAAACGUAAGAAUUUCAAACUUUUAGAAUUCUCUUUACAUUAUAGUUUUUGUUAAUUAGAGGGAGUGGAGAUUGGCAAAAUUAUGGGAGAUUGCGAUCUGCCGAUUUGUGUGCAAUAACACAGCAACAACUUUCCCCCCAAAAAUAACAUUCAGUCUUAACCGGUUUUUACCAAUGGCUAAUUUUGACACACAUCAGUUUCAACACCGGAUUGCAGGUUUUUGUUCAACAUUCUUAGUAUGAAGUGUGCUGACAGGGUGGACAAUGUUACAUAGGAGACAUAUCAUGUAAAAACAUGGAGUAACAAUUUUUACAUAUUUGACAUAUGUAAAGACAUGUAGCAGCAAUGUUAGUUAGUAGACAUGUCAUGUGCAAGUGUAACACAAUGGUGUCAAUAUACUACAAAAUAAAAAUUUACAGUCUGUUAACACUAUCUCUCUUUGCUAUCACAACUCAUGCCAUCUCUAGAUCUCUACACAUCUAGCAACUACAACUAAAAGCUACAAAGACAACACAGGAGGGGCCUGGCAAACAGACUUAACAAAAGAUCCACAAAUUUGCUCUCCCUCUCUAAUCUAAUAGUUCUCCUAUUUAGUGAACAUCUCCCUUCUGCCAUUACUCACUACUGUAUUUAUCUCCAACACGUGUUCGUCUCGACAACUAUCAACCAAUCAGGAUCAAACUCAGCUUGUAUCCGAGUUCACUAUUAUUUAUAGUUUCACUGAGCUAUUAUGCAUGAUACAAUGAAGCUGUUGUAAAUUCUGUGGUUCUCAUGCCUUGACAGACAACAAAGGCAUGUUGUUGUUCCUCCUUUGCAUGAAAAAAUGACCAAGGCUAUAUUACAAUGUAUGUACGCAGGUGGCCUGCCAGUCCUAUUUGUGCCUGGCACGUAGGAAUGGCACUCAAUGGCAGGUUGCUUGUAGGAUUUUAGUCAAUUCUACCUUUCCUUGCAUUGCGCUUUCUUUAGGUCUGAGCGGUGCAUUUAUUCUCUGAGAAUUUUGCCCAUCUGGCUUGUCCUUUUUGUAGGAGCAUGUGUAUGCUGAUAAAAUCAGCCCAUUGUAGGACUCUGUCUAGCCAUCUUAUGCCAAAAAGUUUACUUUGGUAGCGGUGGUUUAGUUGUCUAGCAUUUCUGCUAUACACCGUCCACAUCUCGGCAAAACUCAGCUUUUUAAAAGUGGACUGUAUAAUCUUGUUACACCUUUUAAUAUUUUGUCCAUAAAUGUUAAGUUUAGACUCUCUGAUGAAAUAUAUUUUGCAUCAUUUCAGCUUGUAUGAGACGUUCUGUCAGAUGCAC